GGGAACGUCGUGCGCGUGCGCGAAUCGGUCAGUGUGUGCGUAGAGCGAUCGCGUGCGCCCGCGUUUCCAGAUUCAAUUUCGAGACAGCUAAAUCAAAAUGCGACUGUUCAUGGUGAUUGCCCUGUUUGGGGCUGCGUUAGCCGGAGAAAGUGAUUGGCAUCCAAUCCUCCCGGAUUCUACUGUGAUGUACUCAACCUACCACACCUCUGAAAGAUCUUCAGUUUUAAGCCCACAGUUGAAGAUAGUGAACCGAAGGCCAGCCUCAUCGCAAUACGGUUCUGGCAGCAAAGUGAGCCUGUUCAAUCCUCCUAGCCAGAUGACAGACACCUGCAGUAUCCACAAGGUUUCUAUGAAUCAAGAAUUGUUCUACCAGUACAUAGAGUAUGAGACAGAAAUGAUAGAUCUGAAGGAGUUCACGCUUUGCAUGUGGACCAAGUUCCAUAACCAUUCCAGUGAUCAUCCUCUAUUCUCUUAUUCUGUUGGAGAUAGCCCGAAAGAGAUUUCGGCAUGGAUAUCGAAUACUGAGGAGGCCAGUUACUUCAGUAUGGCCGUGCAUGGACAAACCUUCUUCAGGCUGAACUACCCUCUCAAACUGAACACAUGGUAUCACUCCUGCCAGUCAUGGAAUGGAAAAACUGGAGAGUGGCAGAUUUGGGUGAACGCCGAACGUGUUGGUAGAGGAUUUAACAACAGACUUGUCGGUCACGUCAUAAAAGGAGGCGGUUUAGCAAUCUCUGGUCAGGACCAAUCACUGCUCUACAAAAAAGACAAGAUUGAACCAGUUGCAAGGCAAUCAGGCUUGUUGGGUGAGAUCACAAUGCUGCAAUUGUACCACGUGGCCCUGACUGCGGGUAAAGCUCACAAAGACCACAAGCACCACCACGUUCACCACUUCAAACAUGAUGGAACUCCAGUGGAGUCUUCCACUGAGCCAGCAACGGAACCCCCAGCACCGCAGGCUACUCCUCUUGGAAAUGGAAACUUCUUGAUUGGAGGCCAGCUCCAAAGAGCACCGUCCCUAAACUUGGCCGGAGCUCAGCAAAUGGUGCCCAUUCAGCUACCCAAUGGCCUCCAACUUCAACAAGAAUAUGUCAAUGGACAACUCGCAAACAGGCUCGUGUCUGAACAACUCUUGAACAGCGUACAGCCUUCUGAUCAAAUCGGCGGAGGACAUCCAGGACAACAAAUAUCUUUAGUUCCUAUUUCGUCAUCGCUAGGACAAAAUCAAGGUUACUCUAGAUCACCCUUGGGACCAUCAAAGGGCACUACUGUUGUAUUAUCUGGAUCUCUGUUGAACCCAGCUAAUGUUAAAUAUAUUGAUGAUUCCGUGUCCCAUAAUUUGUUCAAGAGGAAUUCCAAACGCGACAAGAGAGAUAACCCUGAGAAAGAGUUGAAGGAAGAACUUAAAGCUGCAGGAAAGAAAGACAAGCGCGGAUUGGUGGCGUUGUCCGACGGUUCAAUAGUCGACGAGGCUUUAUUAAGUCCUGACCUCCUCGAAGACAAUAAAGAGGACGAGGCCUUGUUCCAGCAGUCAUUGCUGAAUGGACUCGCUGGUUUUGUUGGGAACCUACCCGUACAGAACUUGCAGAAAGAAACCGUUGAUGAACGAGAGCCAGCUGAAGCUGAAGUUAAAGCCGUCAUGCAGGUGUGCAGUGGCUGCGCCCCUGAACCUUUCAAGAAGGCUCUGGUCAUCUCAUGGAGGUCCACACCUAAGAAACUGUAUAGCGGCGCACAUUACUACAAGGGCCUCCCAAUCUGCCGAGCCUUCUAACCAACUACACUCCCAUUCUCCAAAACGUACAAAACCUACUCUUCUCUCUAAGAAAGUUUUUUAAACAUCAUUAAUCAAUUAUUUAAAAUUUUAAUUGAUUCCGGUUAUGGGCCUAUUAUUUUGUUAUUCUAAUCUAAUGACAUAAAAUGCUCAUAUUAUAACGUGUGUGUGAAUUGUGUGAAUAAUAGGUUAACUGUAUAAAUGUUGUAAACGACUAAGAGGCUGCUUUAUCUACGACUAAGCAUUAAUUUGUAAACUACUUUCUCCUUAUAUAAACGCCAUUUAUUUUAAGUGUUAAUCAUUACAAAAUAUUUAGUUAUGUUUUACCAAAAGUACUACAAUUUUUUAGAUGUACCGUGGAGGCCAGAUGAUCGAUAUACUAUUUGGGGUAUGUAAAUUAGUCAUUGGGUGUCCGAAACACGACUCGUGUUCAAUUUAUUUAUUGUAGUUGUAUAAGAAUGCAUUAAAUGGUUACUUGAUUUUUCUUUAGUUCUAAGUUCAUCAAUUUUAAUAUCGAUUUGUUACCAUUUUUUUAAUAAACGUAUAAAGUAA